UUUGUGAAUGUGCCAGUGUUGUAAACAAUUCGUAUCACUCUCGUAGGAAUUCAAAUAAUAUAAACAAAUUUGCACAUAAAAUGAUUCAGUUCAUUCCGCAUCGAUGUAUUUAAACAAUUCUUCAAUUAUGGAUCAACCUGUGAUUAUGGAUCAUAUAAAAGCAGAGAACUGUAGUCAACCGCAGGCGGAUUGGGAGGCAGAUAUUCACCAAUUUGCGAUACAAAAAGACAGUGUUCCCAAAUCAGUCGAAAUUGUUGAUCUCACAAACGAUGAAUAUCUUUCGGAGUACGAAGCAUUCUUGAAAAAUAUUAAAGCCCAUCGUAAACCUAACCCCAACAAGCGAUCGUUAAAGAACGUGGUUGAAAUUGUUCCGUUGCAAGUUGCACACCUUCAGUUGAUAAAUCUUCACCAAGAUGCCUAUGUUGGCACCGUUUUUGGUAUGGAUUUCAAAAACGUUAUGGUGUACGGGAGAAUCACGCCUGGGCCAGUGAGACACGAAAAUAAUACACACAUCUACAAUCUCGAUGAUGGAACCGGCGUUGUUAGCGUUCACUACUCACAUGGACUGCCACGGGAUAUUGACAAUCUUACUGCUGUACACAGAUGUGAAGAUAUCCUCACGAAUCCCACACCCCUCAACGAGGAGCAAGUCCCCGCCGAUCAGAAUAGGAGAACCGACCUGAAGCUGCUUCUCGAGCUGGUAAAAACACGUUGCCGGCAGCGUCUGGAAUAUUUUCGGCUUGGCGACCGUUGCUUUGCGAUCGGUAGGCCCUUCCUGGAUCGAUUCGAUCGGGUUGCCAUCUAUGCGUACAGUCUGCAUUCGGACAACGAUUCGGCCGGACACUCGGCAGAGAUUUUCUGGAAGACACAUUUGGCGCUAUGCUACGAACAAAAAUAUGGACCGGCUGUUACCGGUUAAGGAUUUCGAAGUUUUACACACUGAACUCAGUUUAUGAUCAGACAGUAUUUUAUUACAACAGGUUCAUUGCGUUUAGACAAAAAAAAAGUUAGACCGAUUCAGCAGGCAAUAUAAUUUUAACUCAAUCCGAAUAUAAUUGGCAGAAUAUGGAACACAAGGUAGAAUAUUUAUAGCGAAUUCGUUUUUAAAACUGAGUCAGUGCCAAACUGCCAAGUGCAGUGUAAACAUAUAAAAGUUUGAAUGAAAAUUUUUACUUAAUAUUGUUUGAUUACCUAACACAUGUAGUUCUGACACUCACUUAACCAUUUGUCGAUGCAUUUCCUGUUUGUUCCACAAAUAAUUACUAUUAUAAUAUAAAACCAUCAUUAGACACAGUUUUCGUUCAAUAUUCUGCGAUAUCGGAAAAAAACUUUUAUUUAAUCACAUAAAAUAAAUAUUCGAUACGUUAAAGUAAAUUUUCAUUCAUAAUUUUGAUUUUGAAAUUUAUUCCACCUGAAUAUCCAUCAUUAUUUUCACCUCCCAAUGAAAGCACACGUAGCUUAAUGCCGUCUACUCUACUCUUCAAAAUCUGAAUCCGAAUUGGAUUACGAUUCCAAUAAUACAAAAGCAAAAGCAGCAGGUUUUCCAUUUUCAUAGUCUUUAUUUUUAGAUUUUCCAAAACAAUAUUCGGAACUUGACAGUUCAGUAUAGUUGUAUUGGUGAACCCGAGUGUCAACCCGUGGAACAUCUCAGUGCGAAACUAACAGCUUUCGGGGCGAACUAGUGCGACACUGAGUGAAUAAAAAAACGUUUUGACAGCAGUUAGUGCGGCACUGGGGUUGAACCGGACAAAAACGAAUUCGCUAUUAAUCAAUUGCUUUCGAAGAUCACCGCUCUUAAUAAUCUUUAUUGAAGAAAUACGCAGUAAAUUGUCACAUUUUUUUUCUAGGA